AUGGAAAGCACUCCUGCUCAACCAAAAUCCCCUCAACCAUCAACUAUUACUGCUAGUCAAGUACUCCAAGCCCAAAGUAAAGUCAAAAUUAAGCAAAAAGCCCUCCAAAGGCAAAAGGAAGAAGAAAAACAAGCCCGCCAACAAGCCCAAAUCCAACCAACUAAACAAAAUCAAAAACAACUUCAAGAAGAAGAAAAAGCCACUAAACAGGCACAAAAAGAACUUCAACAAGCCCAGGAAGAAUUAGAACACUUAGAAAAACAGGAAGAAUUUGAAACCAGUUUAGAGAAAUUUGCAGAAGAAACCACCGAAAGAGAACAAGCCGAAAUUGAACAACAAUGGUCUACUCUGCAAGCCCUUUCUAAGCAAGCAUUACAGGAGCAACCCGAAGACCAAGAACAGCCCGAAGAGACCAAAGAAAAUGAUUUAGAUAAAAAAUUGGAAGAACUAGUCCAACAAUUAAAAGAAAUGGAACAGUCGGCAGCCGCCAGUCAAAAAACCAUGUCCAUGUUUAUGCUGUUCCUGAUUAUUUUCCUCUUAGAAGAAAUAGUUCACGAAAAAUUAGCCGAACAGGAAAUAAUUAGGCAAAAAGAGUUAGAAAUCCAACAACAGGUCGAAACCCUCCAAAAAGCUGCUGAAAUAGAAGAAAAAUUAAAAAAGGCCCAAGAUAAAUUAGAAAGAGUUGAGCAAAUAUUAAGUAAAGAAACUGGCAGAGAAAGCCAAUCAUUAACCAAUAAAUUAACUAAAUUGACAACUCCUUCUCCGGAAGAACAACAAAUUUUAAGUCAACUAUAUUUAACUCCCGAACAGUUUAUUUCUAUUUCUUGCCAAACCUCACACUUAACAUCCGAAGAAAAAAAAGAAAUAGACAAUAAUUAUUCUUCUCUAACUACUCCGCAAAAAUUACAACUAAUUAAUUCGGGUCUGAACAAUCUAGGGAUAAAUACUUUGGAAAAGAAAGAAAGAUUUCCAAGAGCAACGCAAUUCCUUAGAAAAUAUGGGAAAGAACAACAAGAAAAUUUAACUCAUGCUGUUAAUAAUCAAAUAAUCCCUAAUCCGCACACUGAUUUUGGCAAAGUCCCUAAUCCUUAUUUAACUUUAAAGACUAAGUUUUUAGCAGGAGAACAAAAGACAUUAAGAGAAGAAGCCAAAGCCAGAGAAAAGUCUCUCAGAGAAGAAGAAAUUCAAGAACAAAAACUUUCCAUUGUCCGUUCUUUAUUAGCCUUAUUCAGCGAUGACAAAGAUGAAGACUUAAAUAUUAGAUUUAAAACCAUUCCUCGCUAUCAUUACUUUGAAUUACUAAAAUUUGCCAUUGAGAACUUUACUGAUCAGUCUUGGGAGGAAGUAAUGACUGAAAGCACAGAGGCCAAAUACCAAGAAUACUUAAACUCCUUAAAAAACCAACCAAUAACCAUCAACAAAACCAUUUGGGAAAAAUUUGUUUCCUCAAAAAGUAAAAAAGAAAGACAAAUCUUUAAGGACUUAAAUUUGGAAGAACUAAUUAACGAAAAGAUAAAUCAAGCCUUAGUUGGUUAUCAACCAAAAGAAAUUUUUUAUGACAGCCAAGAAGAGUUAUCCGAGAACGAAGAGCCUCAACCUUCUUCUUCUCGUUAUGAUAAUCUUUUUGAAAAUCUCAAUCAAGAAGAAGUUGAAAGACAAAAAAAGAAAUUAGCCCGUGAAGAAGCCCACCGGAAAUUAGAAGAGUCCGAAAGAAAAAGACGGGAAGCCAAAUUAUCCGAAAAAGACCAAAAACUUAAAGAACAAGCCGAACAACGACAAAAAGAAAAAGAAUUAGCCGAAAAAGAAGAACAAAAGCGAGAAGAAGCCCGUUCUGCUCGUGAAAAAGCCUUACAAGAAGAACAAGAUGCUUAUUUUGCCACUAAAACUAAAAACCUAUCCGAACGAAAAAAAGCCGCUGAAUUAGCCUUAGAAAAUCAAAAAAAGGAAAAUGAACUCCAAGAACAAAAAAGGCAGGAUGAAAUCAAAAAGAUGAAGCAAGAAAAUGAAGAGGAACAAAAACGAUUAGAACAACAAGCCAAAGAUAUUGAAAAAAGAAAACAGGAAGAAUUAGCCGCCAUUGCUCUGGAAGACGAGGAAGAAAGACAAUUGAUUGAAAAACGAGCCAAUGAAGAAAAAAUCAGAAUCCAAAAAGAAAUUGACGAACGAAAAAGAAAGGAUGAAGAAGAGUUAAAGAAAAAAGAAAAUCAACUACUUAAAGAAAGAGAAGAGCGCGAAGCAGAAAUUGCCAAAAUGGAAGAAGAAAGAAAACUAGCGGCAAAAGCCGAGGCCGACAACAAAGCCCUUUACGAACAAGAAAAGAAAUCUCGACAAGACUUAGAAAGACAACGAGCCAAUACUCUCAAAAUUACGGCUGAACGAAUGGAUGCUCAGCGAAAAAGUGAAGCCAUCCGGGAUAAUAAUGCUCGUUUAGCCUUAAACAGUAUUCUCUGA